UCUAUCUCCCUAUUUAUACCCACCAUGCAUCUCUGGCUAUAAGCACUUACCACAUUAUCACUUAAUCAUGUCUCACAAACUCUCUCUCUUCUUUCUCAUCUCUCUCCUCAUCGCAACGCUGGUUCCAGCCCACACUCUGAUCCGUCAAGUUGUGGUGGACAGCGACGACGACGUGCAUCAUCACUUUUCCCACUUCAAAAACAAGUUCGGCAAGUCAUAUGGAUCCAAGGAGGAGCAUGGCUAUAGAUUUUCGGUGUUUAAGGCGAAUUUGAGGCGUGCGGAGCUUCACCAGGAAGCUGAUCCCACUGCUGUGCAUGGGGUGACACAGUUCUCGGAUAUGACUCCGGAUGAGUUUGCAGAGAAGCAUUUAGGGUUGAGGCCUCUUCAGUUUCCCAAAGAUGCUACCAAGGCUCCUAUACUUCCUACUCAGGAUCUUCCUGCUAGUUUUGAUUGGAGAGACCAUGGGGCCGUUACCCCUGUCAAAAAUCAGGGUUCAUGCGGAUCAUGCUGGUCGUUCAGUACAACAGGAGCCUUGGAAGGUGCCAAUUUCCUUGCAACUGGCAAACUUGAGACCUUGAGUGAGCAGCAGCUUAUUGAUUGUGAUCAUGAGUGUGAUCCAGAAGAACCCUCAUCAUGUGACGCAGGGUGCAAUGGAGGCCUGAUGAAUACCGCUUUUGAGUACACACUGAAAACAGGUGGACUUAUGCGAGAAGAGGACUAUCCUUACACUGGCACUGACAAGGGAGCCUGCAAACUCGACAAAAGCAAGAUUGUGGCAUCUGUUCACAACUUCAGUGUUGUCUCCCUUGACGAAGACCAGAUUGCUGCAAAUCUUGUCCAAAAUGGUCCUCUUGCUGUGGCUAUAAAUGCCGUCUACAUGCAGACGUAUAUUGGGGGAGUUUCAUGCCCAUUUGUAUGCUCAAAGAAUUUGGACCAUGGUGUACUAUUGGUUGGCUAUGGUGAGUCAGGAUUUUCUCCCAUCCGAAUGAAGCAAAAGCCUUACUGGAUCAUAAAGAACUCCUGGGGUGAAACUUGGGGAGAACAAGGAUACUACAAGAUUUGCAAGGGUCCUAAUGUUUGUGGAGUGGAUUCCAUGGUUUCGACUGUUGUUGCAGCUCAUACUACGCCGCACUAAAGGAUUGUACUUAUAAUGACCAUGGCCAUAUAUGAUCCUCCUGUAGUUGCAAUCUGCUUUUUCACAUUGAAAAUUAUUUUAUAUUUGCAAACAACAUAUGCAGCUCAUUAGGAGUUCAGAUCUGCAGUAGCUUAUACGAAUACACGCAGUUAAUUUGCUGGUCUGCUGGGAAUUGUCAUAACUCGUAUAGGAUUUCUUAUCUGCUUCAGUGAAGUCAAUUUCAUAUAUUGACCAUAAUACAAACUUUGUUUUACUAGGCCA